AACAGAUACACUGGCUGAGAGCACAGUGAGGGAGGGAAUCUGAUCCUCUCCCUGUCAAGCCUUUAGAGCGGCAUCCUGAUGCAUGUGUGGCUGCUAUAUGUCCGUAUGGGCUGUAAAGGCAGCGGGAAACUGGGUUUUGAGGAGGUUUUUUAGCAGGAGCAGUCCUCUCUGCAUUGCAGCACUGAGGCUGAGGAGAGCGGGGAGAAGGGAGCCCGUGUGGCACACCGAGACGAGCACCCAAUCAGGCGCCUCCGUGUGGCGCUCAAGCCAAUCGGCAGCCUGCAGCUGAGGUUAAAGAUUGACAAUUGCAGGAGAGAGCAGCAGGGAGAGAAGGCCUUCUGGGAAACCUGGACCCAUCUUUUCCCUCAUCCCCCCAACGCCCUGAAUAAUUGAAAAAGAUUAAAGAAUAGGCUGAAGAAUCUGUGUGAGUAAGGAAAAAAAGUGUGGCAGAGGAAGAGGAGAAAACAGAAAUUAAAUCAGAAGAAAUGGAGAUUUCCACACGAUCCAAAGUUUCAGACACAGGAUCAGCAGAACGGGUGACCCACAAACGAAAGAUGUCGAGUCCCUCUCACUCAUCCAACGGUCACUCUUCUGCUGAAACCUCCCCCUGCCCCACCAAAAAGAAGAAGAAACCUGGGGCUGUGAGCGGCAGCAAAGAACAGUCAGAACUAAGACACGGUCCCUUUUACUAUGUGAAGCAGCCAGCACUCACCUCAGACCCUGUUGAUGUUGUACCGCAGGACGGCAGGAAUGACUUCUACUGCUGGCUGUGCCACCGCGAGGGCCAGGUGCUCUGCUGUGAGCUCUGCCCCAGGGUGUACCACGCCAAGUGCCUCAAACUACCCGCAGAGCCAGAGGGGGACUGGUUCUGUCCGGAGUGUGAGAAAAUUACAGUUGCUGAGUGUAUAGAGACUCAGAGCAAAGCCAUGAUGAUGCUCACUAUAGAGCAGCUGUCAUACCUACUAAAGUUUGCCCUUCAGAAGAUGAAGCAGCCAGGUCUGGUGGUGAGGAUACAGCUGCCCCCUCUCACUCUCUUUCAGGAUCAUCCCCGCUUGUCAUCUCGCACCCCCCAUGCAGCUUCCACGCAGAGAAAGACUUUUAAUUGGACUGAACCCUUCCAGAAACCUGUCUCUCUUGAACAACAUCCCGAUUACGCCGAGUACAUUUUUCACCCUAUGGAUCUUUGCACUCUUGAGAAGAAUAUUAAAAAGAAAAUGUAUGGCUGCACAGAGGCCUUCUUGGCAGAUGCAAAAUGGAUUUUGCACAACUGUAUUAUAUACAAUGGAGGCAAUCACAAACUCACGGCUACAGCUAAAGUUAUCGUAAAAAUCUGUGAACACGAGAUGAACGAGAUUGAAGUCUGUCCUGAGUGCUACCUGUCUGCUUGCCAAAAGAGAGACAACUGGUUCUGUGAGCCUUGUAGUAACCCGCACCCUCUAGUGUGGGCCAAACUGAAAGGAUUUCCAUUCUGGCCUGCUAAAGCUCUGCGGGACAAAGACGGACAAGUGGAUGCUCGCUUUUUUGGACAGCAUGACAGGGCUUGGGUUCCUUUAAACAAUUGCUACCUCAUGUCCAAAGAGAUUCCCUUCUCUGUGAAGAAGACUAAGAGCAUCUUCAACAGUGCCAUGCAAGAGAUGGAGGUCUACGUGGAGAACAUGAGGAAGAAGUUUGGAGUGUUUAAUUAUGCCCCCUUCAGGACACCAUACACUCCUGACAACAACUUCCAGAUGCUGCUGGAUCCCUCCAACCCCUCAUCCGCCCCGAUCAAAUCUGAGAAACAGGAGAAGAUCAAACUGAGCUUUGAUAUGACGGCAUCACCCAAGAUCUCCUUAGCCAGGACCAUGUUGUCUGCUGCUGUGGUGGUGGGAGGUGGCACAGCAGGGCGACGGCUCCCCCUCGCUGACAUGCCUCGAUCUCCCAUGAGCACCAACUCCUCGGCCCAUACCGGUUCGGAUGCGGAGCAGGAGACAGCGGACAAGUCCCAGACAAAAGCUCCAAACAGCCAGUACAGUACCGGGGAAGAAUCUAUGGACUGUACAGCAUCCCCUGCCCAUCCUCGACCGUGUCCUGCAGGCACAUCCUUGGACAGCCCUAAACCAUUCCACUCCCCAGCUCCCAGUGUCAAGCAGGAGAAGACGCCGCCCCCAGGAAGCAUUCUGAACCUCAAUCUAGAUCGGAGUAAAGCAGAAAUGGACCUAAAGGAGCUCAGUGAAACGGUUCAGCAGAAACAAGGAGCCACACCGGUCCUCACCUCGCCAAAAAGACAGAUCAAGAGCCGUUUCCAGCUCAACUUGGACAAAACCAUAGAGAGUUGCAAGGCACAACUGGGAAUCGAUGAGAUCUCCGUUGAUGUGUAUAAAAGUGUGGAGCACAGUGACUCAGAAGACUCCGAUAAGUCUGACUCCAGUGACAGUGAGUACGCCAGUGAUGAGGAGCAAAAGACCAAGGACGGUCAGAAUACAGCCUCCAAUGACGAUACCCAGAAGGAGCCUACAAAAAGUAAAAGCAAAGACCAACCUUCUGCAAGCCAAGAUAAGGAGGGUAAAGCCGAUUCGUUCGAGGCAUCAGACACAACAGCAGGCGAUGCCAGUGCAACUGCAUCAGAUGCUCCGAAUAGAGAAAAAACGAGGGCAGAUUCUGAAAAAAAGAGCCCUGAGAAGACCAAAGCAACUCCACUAUCACCUCCUCUCAGGGAGAAGGUGCAGGCGAAGGAAGAAGCAAAACAGCCGGUGGAGGACUCUGACUCCGAGAGGGAGCUGGUUAUCGACCUCGGAGAGGAACAGGGAGGCAAGGACAGGAAGAGGAGCAGGAAAGACCACACAUCCAUUAGAGAGUCAUCUGCUGGUAAAGCCCUGACCCCAUCGACACCGUCUCAAAACAGCACAGCUCCCUCUACACCCUCCAGUGUUUCCACACAGUCACCCAUGGCCAUCCCUGUCACCAUGGUCUCCUUCACUGCUCCCUCUCCCGCAACCAUAAGCCUCGCGCCCGUGUCCAGUGCCACCGCAACACCCCCUUCUUCUUCCUCCUCCUCCUCCCCAGCCUCCAACACGCCUGCUUUGAAGAAACAGCGUCCUCUGCUGCCCAGAGAGUCGGUGCCGGUGGUGCAGAGAGCUGUGGUGUGGAAUCCCACCGCCAAAUUUCAGACCUCCUCGCAGAAGUGGCACAUGCAGAAGGUGCAGCGUCAGCAACAGAACCAGCAACCUGUGGCCACCAUGCAGAUAGAGGCGUCGUCUCCAAAGCAAGGCCAGGCUCAAGCACCGGCACAGGCCACAGGGAACGGCUCCACAGCAGUAUCAUCAUCUUCAUCAUCAUCAUCUUCAUCACCGAAGUCUUCACAAAGCACACGCUAUCAGACCAGACAGGCUGUUAAAGCUGUCCAACAAAAAGACUCUCCCCUCAGCACAUCCACAACGGCGGUCACCCUGGUUACCAGUAGUCCAGCUUCUGUUGCCAUGAUGGCAGCAUCAAGCUUAGGAACAGCUGCCACCUCUUCACCAGUCUCCACAGAUGUGUAUAUCCCAACUGCCUCAGCGGAUGUAGCUGCAGACAUUGCCAAGUACACAAAUAAAAUAAUGGAUGCAAUCAAAGGUACAAUGACUGAAAUCUACAAUGACCUUUCUAAGAGUACUUCAGGGAAUACAAUAGCAGAGAUAAGGAGACUAAGAAUCGAAAUAGAAAAAUUACAGUGGCUGCAUCAACAAGAGUUGUCAGAAAUGAAGCACAAUCUUGAGCUUACAAUGGCAGAAAUGAGGCAAAGUCUGGAACAGGAGAGAGAGCGUCUGGUGACUGAGGUGAAGAAACAGAUGGAGCAGGAGAAGCAGCAAGCAGUGGACGAGACGAAGAAGAAACAGUGGUGUGCUAACUGCAGGAAGGAGGCCAUCUUUUACUGCUGCUGGAACACCAGCUACUGUGAUUACCCCUGUCAGCAGGCCCACUGGCCCGAACACAUGAAGUCCUGCACGCAGUCAGCCACAGCCCCACAGCAAGAACCUGAGGCUGAGUCGACAGCAGAGCUCCCAAACAAAGGUUUAGGGCAGGCUGGCAGCGGCCCGAGCACUCUGAGAGAAACGCCGGUCUCCGCACCAUCAGACAAAGACUGUGACAUGGAAAAGGGCACUGACACCGUUGCUGUCACUUUGUCCUAAACGAGAUUUCAAUACUUGAAAAUGUAAAUGUGUGUAGAUAUUUCUUUUCCACUAUAAAGAUAUGUCGAUGUAAAUUUCUCUGUUCAAGCGACUGUUGAGGGUGCAAUCUUAAUUUCUUUUUGAUAUAUAAAUAUAUAUCUAUAUUUGUGUUUGCCUUUUAAGGCUCACAUAUCCCAGUGCACAGUGGUCCUUACAUUUUAAUUGUGGAAACAAGACAAGACUGAGAGCAGAUAGUUGUCAACCACUAAAGUGGGCAGUCUAAAAAAUGUAUACUGCACAUUCAUGCACUCCUUUACCGACUUUAGAGAGCUGUCAGCAUACAGACCUUAAGAGCAUGCCUGAGUGUCGCAAAACAUACACAUAGUGUCAAACUGCAAAAAUGUUACCCAUGCUAAUGGACAACCCAGAGUUAGAUUACACUGUUGACAGAAACGUCUGUACAUUUUUUAUUUUGUAUUCUAUGUUAAUUUAUUUGUUAUUCUAUUGUUGCCUGCUGUAAACUGCAAAGAAACUAACAAAUACAAACAUUUUAAACAA